AUGACCUCUCAGAUUCGCCAGAAUUAUUCCUCCAAAGUGGAAGCUGCCGUGAACCUCCUGGUCCACUCACACCUGCCGGCCUCCUACACCUACCUCUCUCUGGGCUUCCUUUUUGAGUGGGAUGACGUGGCUCUGAAGGGCGUAGGCCACUUCUUCCGAGAAUUGGCAGAGGAGAAGCGGGAGGGCACCGAGCGUCUCCUCAAGAUGCGGAAUGAUUGUGGGAGCUGUGCAGUCUUCCAGGAUGUGCAGAAGCCAUCUCAAGAUGAAUGGGGUAAAAUCCAGGAGGCCAUGGAAGCUGCCUUGGCCCUGGAGAGGAAACUGAGCCAGGCCCUCUCAGAUCUGUAUGCCCUGGGUUCUGAUCACACAGACCCUCAUCUCUGUGACUUCUUGGAAAGCCACUUCCUGGAUGAGGAGGUGAAGCUCAUCAAGAAGAUGGGCGGCCACUUGGCCAACCUCCGCAGGGUGGCGGGGCCACAGCCAGCACAGACCAGCGUCCCCCAGGCAUCUCUUUGA